UCCCCACUUUCUUCCCCAUCUCACAAGCUACCCAAACCUGAAAAAUGCCUGAUAAUUACCCCUUGAAAAUUAAAUAAUAAUAAUAAUAAUAAAUCCUUCCUACAUCUAGAAUAGCUAGUGAGAGGGGCCAUUUCUACAAAUUCUAGGGGGAUAAAGUCUCCUCUCUACAAACUAAAUGGUGGAGUCCUACUUCAGUACCACUAUUUAAACUCCAAGCUUUCAUCAUCUUAGCAGUCUUGAACUGUGUUUCUCAAUUCAAAUUCCUUUCUCAAGAUCUUCUCGUCGAUCUUUAGCUGGUUUAUAUGCUUCCAGACACAUCGAAUGUGGGCCCCAUCUUCUCGUUUUUCAUUCGUGUAUAGAAUCGAGCUCCGGUAGACUGAACGCCGUAAGUUCUCAAUCCAAAGUUUCUGAAUUUUCUCAAACACUGGCCCUGAACAUGAAUCUUCAAAUGGGUGGGAUUCAAAAGUACUGUUUGGUUCUGUUUUUAUCAGUACUAAGCAUUUCACUUACUGCUACAUUUGGAGAUAGCUCGACAGAUUCUUAUUGGCUUCUGAGAAUCAAAUCGGAGCUUACAGAUUCUGAAGGAGUUCUUGCAAGUUGGUCUUUGCAAAGUGAUAUGUGCAGAUGGUAUGGAGUGAAAUGUUCAAAUGAUUGGACCCGCGUUGUGGGUGUGGAUUUAUCAGGAGCUGGAUUGUCCGGUUCGAUAUCGCCUGACUUUGCUCACCUCGUUGCUCUUCAGAAGCUGGACUUAUCUUCAAAUUCUCUCACUGGAUCAAUCCCGCCUGAGCUAGGAAGUCUCAAGAAUUUAGAAGAACUGCUCCUGUAUUCGAAUUUCCUCUCUGGUAAGAUUCCUUCUGAAAUUGGUCUUUUGGAAAAGUUGGAAGUUCUUCGGAUUGGAAAUAACAGGCUAUCAGGAGAAAUUACGCCGUAUCUUGCAAAUUGCACUGAUUUAGAGAUUUUGGGUCUUGCUUCUUGCGAAUUGAAUGGAAGUAUCCCAAUUGAAAUCGGAUAUUUGAAGCAUCUGAAAUCACUGAAUUUGCAGAAGAACAGUCUCACUGGCCACAUACCAGAAGCAAUUGGCGACUGCCAUGAGCUUCAGAAUUUCUCAGCAGCUGGCAACGCGCUCGAGGGAGGAAUACCGAUGGCAUUUGGAAAGCUGGAGUUCUUGCAGACUCUAAAUUUGGCAGAAAACAGACUCUCUGGAGAGAUUCCCACCGAGGUCGGGAACCUGUCCAAUCUGAGAUACUUGAAUUUGCUUGGGAACCGAUUGGUUGGUGGGAUUCCCUCCGAGCUGAAUCAACUGAAUCAGCUGGAAAUCCUAGACUUGUCGAAGAACAGUCUUUCAGGGAUGAUCAAUCUUUCUGCUUCCCACAUGAAGAAUCUCAAGUAUCUAGUCCUGUCUGAGAAUUUUCUGUUAGGUGGGAUUCCGGCCAGCAUCUGCGACGGAGAAACAAAUUUGCAGAAUCUGUUUCUGUCUGGAAACAAUAUCUCCGGUGGGUUCCCAUCAGAACUACUCAAAUGCUCUUCGCUCCAAGCAUUGGAUCUUGAAAAUAACAGUCUCAAUGGAGCGAUACCUUCUGGUAUCGACCGGCUAGAAAGGCUCACCGACCUUCGGCUUAAUAACAACAGCUUUACGGGGACAAUACCGCUGGAGAUUGGAAACCUAAGCAAUUUAAAGAAUCUAGCACUGUUCCACAACAGCCUUGCAGGAAGAAUUCCAGCAGAAAUUGGAAAGCUACAGAGGUUAACUAUCGUUGAUCUUUAUGAAAACCAGAUGUCGGGGACGAUACCAAGAGAGCUGACAAACUGCUCGAGCUUAACUGGGAUCGAUCUCUUCGCAAACCAUUUCGAGGGUUCCAUCCCAUCGACGAUGGGGAAGCUCAAGAAUCUAGAUUUCCUUGAUUUGAGGCAGAAUGACUUCUCGGGUCCAAUCCCACCAAGCUUGGGCUACUGCAAGAAGCUUCAGGUCUUGGCCUUGGCUGAUAACAGGCUGUCAGGAGCAUUGCCGCCGACUUUCCGGUUCCUGACGGAUCUAACCACCCUAUCUCUCUACAACAAUUCUCUCACGGGUACGCUUCCAGAAUCUCUCUUCCUCCUGAAAAAUCUCACAAUCAUCAAUUUAUCUCACAACAUGUUCAGCGGCAGCAUCGCUCCUCUCACCGGGUCAAGCUCGCUGAGGUUGUUGGACUUGACUAACAACAGCUUCUCAGGUCCGAUCCCUUCAACACUCGCUGAAUCAAGAACGAUGGCCCGUCUCCGUCUGGGGCAGAAUCUUCUUGCCGGCAACAUCCCAGUAGAAUUAGGCCGACUUACAGAGCUCACAUUCCUUGAUUUAUCUUCCAACAAUCUCAUGGGCGAAAUACCAGAUGAGUUCUCGUACUGUAAGCAACUGGCCCAUCUCCUUCUCAACAGAAACCAAUUAACAGGCAUGAUUCCUUCAUGGUUAGGGAGUCUACGAGCUCUUGGAGAGCUCGACCUGUCAUCCAAUAACUUCAAUGGAACAGUGCCCGCUGAGGUCGGGAGCUGUUCAAGCCUACUCAAGCUUUCUCUCCACAACAACAAUCUUUCAGGCAAAAUCCCACCAGAGAUGGGAAAUCUUACUUCCUUGAAUGUACUCAAUCUGCAGAAAAACAAUCUCUCCGGCGAAAUUCCUUCGACAAUCCAGCAUUGUAGGAAGCUCUACACGUUGAGACUGUCGGAGAAUUUCUUGACAGGAGGAAUCCCGUCUGAGCUAGGAAAGCUCACCGAGCUACAAGAGAUGCUUGAUCUCGGCAAAAAUCUCUUGUCUGGAGUAAUCCCAUCUGCUCUAGGGAACCUAAUGAAGUUAGAGAGAUUGAACCUCUCUUUCAAUGACUUCCGAGGAGAAGUUCCACCAUCACUAGGACAGCUAACUAGCCUUCAUGCGCUCAACCUAUCAAACAAUCUCCUCCAUGGCCAAAUUCCUCCGACUCUGUCAAAAUUCCCACUUACCUCCUUCUUGGGCAAUGAAAAACUGUGUGGUCUGCCAUUGAAUUCAUGCAUACAAUCACUGGGUUCGGAGAGAAAGAAGCUAUCAAAUACUGCAGUCGCUGGGAUUAUGGUGGCGAUCGUGUUUACUUCGACAGUGAUAGUUAUGGUUCUGCUUUAUAUCAUGCUUAGGAUUUGGUGUAAUUGGAGAAAGGUAUCCAUUUCAAGCUCGGAUAGCGGCGGAUUUGAACGUAAGAAGGAAGAGGAGAAAUGGGUUUAUGGAGAUGAGAGAAAUGGUGAGUAUUGGAAAGUGAAUUCCUUGGCUUUCGUUUCUUCGCCAGAGAAGCAGAUGCCAACACCAACAUGCAUUUUUCAUCUGAAAAUGGAAAUGGAUAGCAUGGAAAACACAUUAGUGUAGGAAAUCUCUGCAAUGUACUACAUUUGAUUAGCUUUUUUCUGUUCUUUUUUUCUGUUUUGUGAAGUGAGUUUGAGAAGAUUUCAUUC